AUGGAGGGAGGUGGCCCUUCCAUCAUUGGUAUUAACGCUGAGAGUCGAGCCCGCGAGUUGCGGCGGCGUGUGGGUAAUCGCCGUCGCGCUGGUGCCGAUGUCUUGAGCUCCCCGCUGCCAGCGCUUACGCUGAGUCUCCCACAACUCGUUUACGCAAAGCAUGAAGCGCACGAGAUCCGAAUGGACCUGAUCGACGCACAAUCACAGCACAAUUCGGUAUUGAAAUAUUGCGAUCAACAGUUUGUUAUCGAGAGCAACGUCCGACAAUUGCGUAAAGGAAUUGGAGAAACUCAGUUGCAGAUUCGACAGAAGACUGAAGAGCUCGAUGAACUCCAACGGCGUGUACUGAGAUUAUCCAAGGCGUUGCAUGAUUCGUCAGAUGAAAAAACGUUUGCUAAAACGAAACUUGGCAGCCAAGAGGAGAUCAGAAAGCACCAACUUCAUACCAAGUCGUGUCGACAUUGUGGACGACAGUAUCUCCCUGGAAUUGCCAAAAGCCACGAGGAUAACUGUACCAGGGUGUCACUUCUAGAUCUACAGCCAAUGAAUCAAAUCGCAGACAAUGCACCGGUGGCUACGAGGUUUGUAUCACAACCACCACGCAACCUUCGCCUUAACUUAAAGGAAAUUACGCAUAAUGCGCUAGCGAUAGUGUGGGACCCACCGAUUUUUACCGGAUCGAAUGCCAUUCUUGACUACGAAUUGAGCUACGCUGUUGUCCACUCCAAGACGAAGCAGCAGAGACAAUUUGACCCUCAACCGCCUUUGCGGCUGUCGCAGUGGUGUUUGGUGAAUCCGAUUCCUGGAGAUAAUUAUCGAUUGAUCAACCUAUCAGCGGAUCAGGAGUAUGGCGAGUUUGCACUUUGUGUAAUUACAGUCGCCGGCAAGAGCGAACCAAGCAACAAAGUAGAAAUCAUACGAACACAACCUGCCAUCCCUCCAUCAAUUCCGUUGUUUCUAUGCGUGGGGGUAGUUAGUGCGACAAGUAUCACACUCACAUGGGUGGAGCCUCUUGAUGAUGGUGGCAGGUCCGUUCAGGACUACGAAGUCAUUUUCUCCGAAGCAAUAAUCAAUUUAGACAACGUGGACGACAGAGGAAAAGCCUGGCUUAAUGUAUCCGAAAUCGAGUACAGACCUCGUCGAAUACGGACAAACUCGACGAGAACUUCACUGACGAUUACGAACUUAUUGAGUGGGGGAGAGCACCUUAACUUCCAAGUUCGAGCUGUGAACAGCGAAGGUAUACAGGGUGACUAUUGCGAGCCUAUCAAGUCCAUCUUCACAAUAGCUCCGGGUAACGAGUUCAAGCUUCUCGAUGAGCUGCAAGCGGCUGUAAAUUCCCGUUCACGUACCGUGGAUUCGCAGUUUUUGAGUGGGUUUAUGCAGCGAUAUGAACGGCAUCACUACAUCCAACAGGUGUCUCGGUUUAUUCUAUCCAUGCACCCAGAGCUGGAGACAAAGCAACCUCAAGCCAUUCAACAAGCUACUGGUCAAAAACAGUUUGACGAUCUCACAGAUGAGGAAAAAGUGUGCGAACGUCGACGGCAAUUUCAUUUUCGAGUUGCUGCGAUUCGAAAUGAUCUCAAGAAAGCCGAUUACAAUGUCCAGUGGUGCAAGGAUCGUCAGAUUGAUCUAGUGGCGCUGAUACGAUCUGCCGAGUCGCGAAUUCUCGAGAAACAAGCUGAGUUGGAGCGUGCUAGGAUGUUCAAGGGGCCUCAAAUGGACUCCGAUGUCUUUGAAAAUGGAUUGCAGCGAUUCUUUACAAAGGAGUUGAUUGUUGCACUGGAGGAUGAAGUCGAGAUUGACCAACUGUAUAUUUUAGAUACAAAAUCUGAAAUCGUUCUAGUGGAAAACUACCUGCGUGCUGACAUUAAGCGUCGUGACACGUUGCUCAAGAGGUUAAAAGACAGACAGGAAGCUCUGGGGGUAUUCGAAAGCAGCCCCAGAAACACAGCGGAGAGUACGAGAACUGCAGCUACGUUAGCGAAACUACGUGGUGGUCUGCUGUACCGAGCUUUUGCUGCUUUUGUCUCCAACAGGAAAGAGGCUCACGAAAUACGAAGAAAAAUUUGCACCGCGAUCAACCGCCUCGUCAACCAUCGGCUCAGGAGUGCAGUCCAGCAAUGGAGAGACGUCGCAAAGUAUUUGACGCGUACAAGUGCUGGGGUUGGCGAGAUAUUUGGCAUUGGCAGUAUUGGCUUACUGAACGCUGCUCUUGGUCGUGAUGAUCUCAUGAUUGAAACCCAAAAACUGCUUCACGAGCUUCGAUCAACUGGAACUUCUUUGCAAGACAUUCGUUGGACGACUGAGCAACAGCUGGCAUCCAAAACCGAGAAACCUCUGGCGGAGUGUAAUGCUGAUCUGGAACAGGCUCGGGAACAAAACAAGAAAUACUUCUACUUCCUAUUGGAAGGUGACGCUAAGGGGAAUUUGCAGGACUAUGAAAGCGCUCUUCGCUUGUACAAUUUCGUCCUUGGCAAUGAUCUCUGGAUGCAGCAGAUGACGGAGGCCCAGCGAGUCCAACUGCAGCUUAAGAUCGGAGAAGCUACGUUUCGCCUUGAGAACCACGAGCAGGCAUUGACGAUAUUUAACCGAGCUUCAAUUAUGGCAAACCGGGCAGGGCUUUGCUACGAAGAGGGGUCUGCACUGCUCCGCAUAGCGGAUAUACAACGUUUACUACGAUCGCUUCGAAUUAGUAUCGAAAACUAUGAGCGUGCUUUGCUACUGUUUGAAGCUGUGAGGAAUACUCAGGGCGAAUUGUCAUGCUAUCGUGGGCUGCAGCACGUGUACGAACGACUUGAAGAUCGAGAAAUGGCUGAAAUUAACAGACAUCACGCUGAUGAUAUUGAAUUUGUGCUGGCAAAAAAACUCUCAUCCGCCAGUCAGAAGAUGAACAAGCUCCAGCAACGAUUAGUGGGGGCAGGGGCUGAACCCUCUUGCCAAAUUAUUCUUGAACGAGUUGGUCCCAUUGUUCCUAGGCUGAGGAGGGAGCGCAUUCAACGCAAACUCGAUAUUCGCGAGGAAACGAAACUCAUAUCGAGUUUAGAGAUCUUACUAUCGGAGAAGAAAGCGUUGCUAGCGAAAGGAGAAGACGAUCUGAAACGAGCACUUGCUAGCGACUCGACUCAGGUUGAUUCGACAGUCAUCAGUGGCUCGAACGCUCGCUACGACGUUGAAGAUUUCAAGAAGAAAUUGGCGAAACUAUUGGGUGGUGUGAGAGCUGGUCAGGAACAAGUCAACAAAGACAUUGCCAAUGCUAAAAUCCGAAUCAGUAACGCUGAGGAUGAGAUCAAAAGCCUGGAAGAGGAAUUGGCAGUCGAGACGGGGCCACUCAUGCGCAAAGUUUUAUCCAGAGAAAAACUGCGGUGUUUCCGCUUCAAUGCCACAAACGAAGCUCUGAAAAACGUCGUGGGAACGGCAAGUCACGGCAUCACCACGUGCGUCGCGUCUGCGGGGGUGAAUGGGUUACUGUUUGACUUCCUGUCUGGCGCUUGUCUAGCACAAGCAGUAGGCGACCCAGAGAAAAAUCAUCUCGGUGAACCUACAGGUCAUCAAGCUCAAAUACUUUGCGUGUACUACAUUGGCCACCGGAUCUACACCGGGUCUGCAGAUGCCUCGUUGGGUGUUUGGGAUGUCAAGAAUGAAUCGAUCGGUGGGUUUUCCUGCUCUUUGACUCGAAUGCUCAUGGACUUUGACGCCGCCGUGGUCAGUGUGGUAGCUGAUACACAGUGGUUUGCCUGUGGAUGCUCGGACUGCGAUGUGUUCGUAUUCGACGCUGAGUCGUUGGCAACAAUCGCUCACAUCAUUUCCGCCCACGAUCGCACGGUGACUACUCUGUCCAUACAGAGUGCCAAGUCGGCACUGACAACAGGAGCUGGCGAUAACAAGAUCAAAGUGUGGGAACUUGGCAAGGCUUCGCAAUUCACAGCACGGCGUAAUGUAAAAUUACUAUGCUGUCUCGAAGCAGAUCGUCGUGGCGACGAGUAUUUCAACGGACAUCUCGCUCCUGUCUCUUGUGUGCGACGAGUAGCGAAUGAAAUCGUUAGUGGCGAUACCUCCGGCAGGAUAGUUAUCUGGAAUCUGGACUCGGACAAUAAAUUACUUCGGAUCUGCGAUGUCCAUUGCGAUGUGGCAGUAACAUGCCUUCAGUUUGAUGCCACACGCAUCAUAAGUGGAGCGAGUAAUGGACAGAUCUGUGUCAUCGACUUUGCCACGGGACAUCUCAUCCAAACGAUGUAUGGUCACCAAGACGGCAUACUUGAUCUUCAGUGCGAUCGUACCCGGUUGAUCAGCAUGUCCGCCGAUGGCAAGGUGCGAUUGUGGUUCUGGCAAACUCGAGAUGGUGUUGGAGCCGACAGAAAGAAGUACCAUAUCGUGGGAGCUGGAGAAACGCUACGUUCGCUGUCUCUGAUGUACCGUACGAGCGUCCAAAAGCUACUUCAGUGGAACUCAAUUCCCGACUCCACGAAGAUUUACCUGGGACAGAAGCUCAUAGUGGAAGUCGACACAAACGUCAGCGCCUCGGAUGAGCUCAAGACUCUGGAUCUCUCGAGUUCGGUGCAAUUUGGCAAAUUGUCGUACGAAAACCUCGACUUUGUUGCUUCCAACCAAACGAAAAGCAAAGACGUCGAGGCACAGCAGUUGAGGUAG